CCAGACUUCUCCAUUUCUCUCUUCCGCCGCUCCUUCGACUCCCUCGGAAGCGCCCAUGAUUUUGCGCUUGACCCUUGUUCUCUGACGACCUUUACCUCCUCUGUGAGUUGAUUCUGAGUUGGCAAGUCCUGUCUGUUACUCAUCCCUUCGCGAUUCCUCCCGACGAGGACCUCAAUCAACCGACCCGUUCCUCUAUCGCUUCGCCAUGCUUCAAGCUCAGACUCCGCACGUCUUCUCCCACCAGCACCAGUAUCCGCAGGCAGAGCCUUCCUGGCUCCAGCAUCAGCAACAGCAGCAUCACCAGCACCAGGCGCAGCACCAGCAGCACUCCUCCCUGGCUGCUCAGCAACAUGCUCAGGCUCAAGCUGCUGCCGCGGCCGCCGCGGUGGCUCAACACCAGCAUUAUAACCAGAUUGCUAUGAGUGGCAACGGUGCUGCCAACGCUAGACAGGGUGCCGGCGCAGGAGCCAUGGCAGCUGAGAAUGCCCUCACUACUGCGGCAUCAGCCAUGGACGGUGGUAUUAGCGAAGAGAACCGCAAGGUUUUCAUCUGGGUCGCGGAACUGCUGGACCCUAACCGCAGGGAGGCUGCUCUUAUGGAGCUCAGCAAGAAGAGAGAGCAGGUGCCGGAACUUGCAUUGGUGAUCUGGCAUUCUUUCGGUGUUAUGACCUCCUUGUUGCAGGAGAUAAUCUCCGUCUAUCCUCUGCUAAAUCCGUCCCAGCUGACUGCGGCCGCAUCGAAUCGAGUCUGCAAUGCUCUCGCUUUGUUGCAGUGCGUCGCGUCUCACAACGAGACUCGCACUCUCUUCCUGAACGCUCACAUCCCCCUUUUCCUCUAUCCCUUCCUCAACACAACUUCCAAGUCGCGCCCUUUCGAGUACUUGCGACUCACUUCCCUGGGCGUCAUCGGUGCACUGGUGAAGAAUGACUCGUCCGAUGUGAUCAACUUCCUCCUGACGACCGAAAUCAUCCCGCUUUGCCUCCGCAUUAUGGAGACGGGGUCUGAACUUAGCAAAACAGUUGCAAUUUUCAUUGUACAGAAGAUUCUCCUUGACGAUAUUGGUCUUGCAUAUAUCUGUGCUACCUAUGAGCGAUUUUAUGCGGUGGGAACCGUACUGAGCAACAUGGUCACGCAGCUUGUUGAGCAACAGACUGUGAGGCUUCUGAAGCACGUCGUCCGCUGCUUUCUUCGACUGAGUGACAACAACAGGGCUCGUGAAGCUCUCCGUCAGUGCCUCCCCGAGCCACUGCGCGAUGCCACAUUCUCCUCGGUUCUUCGUGACGAUGCGGCUACCAAACGUUGCCUCGCUCAGCUUCUCAUCAACCUCUCCGAUAACGUUGUCGAUGGAACCGCCGCCACUAUGUAAAGACAAUUUCACUUAAUAUAAUUGCUAAACCUUAUGAACUUGCAUGGAAUGGCUACAGGCGAAAUCGGAUAUUUACGGCGCAAAACAGCAGAAAGGUAAAAUGUGCGAGAAAAGAAU